AGGGGCUGUGAGAAGGGGAGCACCUGGGUGGGGAGCUCUGAGGUUGAGGGAAAGGUGGGCAGUAAUAUUGUUAUUAACAAUAACCUUAGAAAAAUGUUAAUAGCCAGUGUUCGGUGUUGUGGGAAUGUGCCAAUGUAAAGCUGCGUGCAGUGUGUUUGUAGCCCUGUCAGUCCCAGGAUAUUGGAGAGACAAGGUGGGUGAGCUAAUAUCUUUUAUUCGGUGAAUAGAAGUUGGUUCAAUAAAAGAUAUUCCCUCACCUACCUUGUCUCUAACCUGUAAACCUCAUUGGUUAGAAUCAUUGCAGACACAUCUCCUUAAAUUCUGUGAUAUGGCAUUGGCAUGAGGAAUUUCUGAGACCAGUGCAAAAGAGUAACAAUACUCAUUUCAAAAGAAUCCUUUACUUUUUUUGUUCUUAAAAAAAAAAAAGUGUCAGCACGAAGGAUGCCACUGAAAUGUAUCAGAACAAAAAUAUUUAGCAGAGAGGAAAAGGCUGUGAAAGGGGGCUGCCACUUAUGAGGUACAAAAAAAUCAGCCCAUCAAGGAUGAUCCUGAGUCCUUAAACUUGGACAUCUGAGAGUGUGUAUUGAGCACCCUCACAGAUUUCCCGGAAAGCUACUUCAAAAAGGGAUGAUACUGGGAAAACCUUGCUAUGAAAAUAGAACAUUCAAGUAGAAAUUUAAAAUUUUCAGGAGAUAAAUGAUCAUUGAUGUGGCUAAUGAAGUAUGAAAGCAUGUGCCUCAGUGUUAGCAGGAUGGGAGAAUUAGUUAUAGAAUUUUGGUUUAUUUUUUUAAGUAAAAAUGGGUGAGGUCAUUUCAAUAUAAUUGGAAGUGCAAAAUGGUAUUAACUGUUAAUACCAAUGUAUAAAUAUUUUAGACAUGCAUUCUUUGGGAGAGGUCACAGCCAAUCAGUGGUUGCAGUCUCCGCUUGCAAACAAAUUCCUCUACCCAGAGGGAAAAAAAAAAAGUAAACAAGUCCUUAACUUUAUGGAGCGUGAGUGUUCUCAUUGGUAUCAAUGUGUGUCUAGGCAGUAGUCAAAUACAUGCACCCAUUGUUACCAACUUUGAUGAUUUUAUCAUAAGUAUGGCAAUAGUUGUUGUUUUUUAUUCUGAAAACACAGCUUCUGGAAUCAAGAGACUGCUUUUGAAUCACAGAAUAAUAAUAAGAGAUUCUACCCUUCAUGGUUGUGGAGGGAAAGAGAGCUUGAAAAUAUGAAGCUAGUGCCCCCUAAAGGCUCAGCAUCAAAAAGAUAAAUAAAAAGAAUCCCAAAUGUAUUUUUUAAAAAUCAUAACUCUUCGGGGUUGAAUUUGAAUUCUUGAGGUUGUCAAUAUUAUAUGUGUGUGUUUUAGCAAAAAUUGCCUUUGAGAGGGAUUUCAUACAAGACAGUGGUACUCCUUUUGACCUGAGCAGGUGGUCAAAAUUCAGGGACUGAGGGCUGCUCCAGCUGGGAGGAGAACUUGACAGUGGACUCUGGGACCUUUAUAGCUGUCUUAUUUAUUUACAGUGUCCUGUUUCCUUGAACCCAGGAGAGAUCAAAAAACUAAUGAACAAAACCCCCAAACCAACCAAAACAGGAGAUUGCUUCCUCUGCUCACAGCACUCAGUUCUUGCCAGCCAGCUUAUUCAGGCUGGUUUACAUUUAACCUAAAUGCAGGGAAGCUAAGUAGUUUAAAAUCUUUACUCAUCAUAUAACUUUUGAGAGGCUUCCAUGCCCCCUUUUUGCUUUAUAUCCCACCCCAGACUCCUAUUUGGACAUGCACACGUUUGACCUGGUGGCCAUUUUGAAAAAAAAUCGGGGUGCAUCAGGACGAAAUGUAUAAAUAGCGUGUGUGGGAUUUCUUGUUUAUUUACAUUUAAAGCUGCUGUUAAGGUCAUUUCAAUAGUCCAGUAGCAUCAGUAAGCAUUAAGUAAUUUUAAAAUAAUUUAUGAAAUAAAUCAGAUUAUCUCUGAGAGCGAGUUUGCUACGUGGAAAGGCAGCUGUAGAAAAACAGAGAGGGAUAAUAUUCAGAAAUAAGGGGGGGAAGAGAAAGACCAAGAGAAUAUAAAGUGGAUUAUCAAAAACGUGUGAGAGAGUUAGUUACAUGGAAAGGGGGAAAAAGGCAGAAGGAGAGAGGAAAAUAAAGUGGACAAAAAGAGAGAGUUGUAAAACAGCAAGAAAGGAAAAUGUCGCUCUCUGACCAAAUGGCAGGGAGAGAAAAUGAAGACUAUUAUUUCGAAGUGUGUGAGAGAGUGUUUAAAAAAUCAAGAAAGAGAAAAGCACCUCACCCCAAGGGCAGUCACUAAUCAAAUGCCAGUAAUUCCAGGACAGCAGCCUCAGACAAGCCAUGGCUCGAGGCUGAGCCAAUUAGAAGAUAUUCUUUAGACAUGUCAUAGAAUAUUAAAAUGAACGCAUUCCCUGAACCAAUUGUAAUGUGCCACAUUAAUGGUGGGGCAUGGCUAUUCUCCAUUGCACUGUUUAAAUCACUUUUGGUGAGCCAGUCGGGAAUGGCCUCCUGAGGCCUGGAUCAUUUGGAAAACCCCAAGCAAUGAUUGUUUGACUGGUGUGUGUAUAAAAAACCUACUUUUUUGCAAGGGAAUUUAAACUGGGAACCUGUAUGUUCCAAUCAUGGCCUUUUACAAGAUGCCUAAAGAUGCCAAGAAGCUUGAAUUGCCUCUGGGGGCACCUGCAUGCGUUCAGAAGAGACAGCCUGCCUACCCUUAUUUCCCUGAAGAGGCAUCACUGAUACUGAACCCCACGUUCUAUCCAGAAAUCGAACUAAAGAACCAGGGAGACUCCAUGGGGCCAUCGCCUGUUGUAAAUGAGGCAAAAGAUGUAAAAGUACUUCAAGAUAGGAUGCAGAGGCAUUUGUUGCUGGCUAUGAUGCAGGCAGAGUUAAGGUCCAAGGUGAGAUGGCCUGUAUUAUUUUAUAACAAAUUGCUGCAAAAUUAUAAGAGGCUUAAUGUGUUUAUGCUUUUUAUAGGAAGGGGAGGAAGAAGAGCCUGUAUACAUGGACUUGGCAGCCAUGGUAUCGUUGGAUGAUAGUGAGGCCGAGAGUCAGGCAGUAACUGACGAUUGCUGGUUAAAUGGCAAUAUCAUCAUGAUAACUAAGCCAGAGUCAUACAGGAUUACAUCCAGGGUACGUAGCGAGUUGCCAUCAGAAGCAGAGCAGUCUGAGCCAGAAUUGCAAGAUGAGUAACCGGGAUCAUAGAUGAGAUGGAGAGACAGACAAUGCCCAACAACAUGGCUGCUAGGAAUAAUGACAUUUCAGAAACAGAAGAGGGGAUGAUCUAGAUAUCUUCAGCAGAUUAGUUGGAUAAAGAGAACCAGCCUUCUGGAAGAAUAAAUCUGAUAUGCACAUUCUGCUUUUGCAAAAAGGAAACUUACCAAAAAAAGCCGAUACAAAGUUGUCUCAUUCCCUUGAGAGACGGGGAAAGGAAAUGGCUGGAGUGGAGUUGGUAACCUUUGAGGAUGUGGCUGUAUAUUUCACAAAGGAAGAGUGGGCUUUGCUGGACCUGGGUGAGAGAGCCCUGUACAGGGACGUCAUGCAGGAGAAUUAUGAGACUGUGACCUCGCUGGCAAAACCUGACAUGAUCUCCCGGCUGGAACGAGGGGAGGAGCCAUGGGUCCCUGAUCUCCAGGACUACAAGGAAGGGGAGAGCCUGAGGAAAGUCCACACAGAAGGUGAUGGCAUGAUGAGUGAGAAUGAGGAAGAGAAUCCUCAGCAAGAAGGUCCUGAGCAAGUGGAUCUACAUGGGGUGGUAUCCGGAAGAGCUGAAAAGGACGUUUCCCAGAGUCCUGAGGAGCCAGACGUCUGUGAGAGCCAGCACAGGCCAGAGAGGCAGCAAGAAAACCACUCAGGGGAGAGAUGGGCUAAAUCCAGUCACAGAAGCAGAUGGGUCAAGAAAAUCAAAGAAACUGUUGAACAGAGAAACCCCACUAUAGAGAGACCCUACACUUGUGGUGAUUGUGGGAAAAGCUUCCCUUGGAAAUCAGUCCUUAUUAUUCACCAGAGAAUCCACACAGGAGAGAGACCUUAUAAGUGUCUGCACUGUGGGAAAAGCUUCAGACAGAGUUCAGCCCUUAUUACACAUCAUACAAUUCACACAGGAGAGAAGCCCUAUAAUUGCCCUGACUGUGGGAAAAGCUUCAACUGCAGUUCAACCCUUAUUCAACAUCACAGAAUCCACACGGGAGAGAAACCCUACAAAUGCAGUGAUGAGUGUGGGAAAAGCUUCAGUCAAAGCUCACAACUUCUAUCCCAUCAGAGAACCCAUACAAAAGAGAGACCCUAUGAAUGCCCUGAGUGCAGGAAAAGCUUCAGAGAGGUCAAACCUUAUUAUUCACCAAAGAAUCUCAUGGGGAAGAAACUCUUUCAAUGUCCCAAGUGUGGGAAAAGUUUCAGAAUGACUCAGCCCCUACUACACAACAGAAAAUCCACAGUGGAGAGAGACCCUACAAGUGUAUGGAUGGUGGGAAAAGCUUCAGUCAGAGCUUAGCUCUUAUUACACAUCAUGCAAUCCACACAGGAGAGAAGCCCUAUAUCUUCUCUGACUGAAGGAAAAUCUUCAGUUGAAGCUCAACUGUUAGUCAACAGUAGAGAAUCUACAUGGGAGAGAAACCCUACAAAUGCAGGGAGUGUGGGAAAAGCUGAGCUCACAUCUUCUAGCACAUCAGAGAACCUACAGGCAAGAGAGAACCUAUAAGUGGCCCAACUGUGGGAAAUGCUUCUGGCAGAGCCUAAACCUCAUAAGAAAUUCCACACAGGACACACAUCAUAGAAAUGCCCUGGUUAGGGAUGACUUUUGCCAAUUCCCAUGAAUUUCAGAGGGUCAGGCUAGGCUGGAUAGCCAUGUAGUGAGGAUAUGCAAUGUGUAGUUAUUAAAACAGAAAAUGAAAUCACUUUGUUGGGACAGAGAUGUACAGAGCAAGAGGCUAGGAUGGGAUUAGAUUGUAACUUCUUGAGAAGCUCUGAACACUGAUCAUGCUCUUCAGUUGUUAUAAAUGUAGAACAAUCUUUAUGUUAUAUGCUAUGACUUCUCAUUUAUUCUUGAUAGUGUUUUAGGCCCAAAUCCAACAUGGGAUUUAUGCAUUGUGACACUCAGAUAAUUACAAUGCCUAACUUUUAGGUUGUUCACAGGAACAACCCUGGGAUCCACAAAGCCCAAGUUAGAUAUCCAGGCUCCCUAUACAAUGAAGGGGAAGAGAAUGCAUCUUAGAAUGUGAUUCACAAAAGCCUUUGCAUUAGGUGGGGAGCUGCCUAAGCUAAUCGGUAGGAGAUGCCAAUGAGAAGGGUAUGUCCUAAGCCCUGCCCAUUUCAUGGAGAUAGGCACCUAUCUCUGCUUCUGAUUCAUGAAGUGGAGAAGUUAGACACUCCUCUGCUGAUGGCAUCCAAGCCAGUAGGUACGUUCAGAGGCUGCCUAUCUCCACACAAAACAGCUGGUGUGGGAAAGGAGGAUCUCACUCAUAACGUUUAGCCCCAUCAUUAGGGCACUUGCCCAGGAUGUGGGUGACCUCCCCCAUUUCAAGUCCCCCCUCCAUCUGUUGAAACAAAGGUAUCUGAGCAGGUGUCUGUCACCUCUCAUGUGAGUGCCCUGGCCACGAAACUAUGGGAUAUUCUGAUAGAGAGAUCCCUCAGUAUCUCCUUAUGAAACAAUUCCACCUUAUAUAAAUACUAAAAGAGUCCUUUGGCUAGAGAGAGAGAGAGUUGGAAUGACUCAGCAGCAUUAUGGUUAGGGCAACCACUCCAUAAGGUGGGUGACUGUGAGUCCAGUUCCCUUCUUUCAUUGACUCUUUACAUUUCUUUGAAGACAGAAUCCUGUGUCCUACCAUGAAGGAGACUUCACACUGAACAACAGAAGGCAGGGUGAGAAAUUCCACCUGGUAAAAAGUGCAGAAGGAUUUAGGAAAUCCAUGCUUGUUGCUAAAAUUCCAUAGGGAAUUUAUGCACUUUGAAUGAAGUCAGAAUUUGUUCUUUCAGAGCAUAAUUAUUGUUUCCUUAGAACACUGAACCCAUUGGAGUUCAGAUUUAUUCCAUAAAUCCAGACUCUUGGGACAGUAGGAACUCUUACUUGGAAAACACCAGUCAUAUAAGGCUAACAACUUCCACCCAACUAUGAAAAAUAUUGUAGUGCUUCAGUGAAAACACGGCCUCCGUCGAUGAGAGAGUUUCUCCUGAUGGCAUAGGUACUCCACCUCUUGGAGAGGCGGUAGCCAGGUCAAUGGGAGAUUUCACCCAUCAACCUAGCACUUUCUACACCGGGGGGUUAGAUCAGUUUAAAUGUGUAGCUGAGAGGGGAGGGAUUUUUCAGACCAAUGAGUGAUAUAGUCAUACCAACCUAAUUUCAUAAUGUAGAUCAGGCCUUAGAUCUCUCUCCCUUAUAACAUUACACUCUAUGUGAGAUUGAGAAAGCUAUCUUCCAACUUCAGCAUCUUUCUACAAUAUUUAUGUUCUAACCUCUAGAAUACUUUUAUUCUAAUUUUAAUUGUGUGGUGUGUUUUUAACUACAAGAGUUAUCAAAUGUGUUAAUACCUUAUAGUCCUACACUAGCCUCAUUUCACCCUUGGGGUGGUAGCUUAACUAAUUUAUCUUUGUGUAUUUAAAAAACCAUAAGUAGGGUACUUUGUGAUAAUUCUCUUUCUAUACUUGAACUCUACAGUGUUUACUCAUUGGUAUACAGAAUUAUGUUUAAUAAUCUCUCUUUUCUGCCAAUUAAGUCAGUCACCAGGAUCUUCCUGCUAGCUGCUUGUUAACUCUAAGAACACUCCCUCACCCUGCUUGAUUAGCUGUAAUUUGAAUACCAUGGUUAAUCAAACUGCUUUCUGAACUUUCACACUUGUAAAAUUGCCUGUUAACUCCACUAAAUCAAAACUAAUCCUCUCUGCUCUCCACUGUUGUAUAAUAAUCACAUUGGGUGAUUCUUGUACCCCCGCUUUUCUAUGUAAUUGUAGUCAUUUCCAGCUAGAGAUGUUUGUCUAAACUCUGCUGAAUUUCAAGCUGUAGUAAUCAUAUGACUCUGACUUCGCCUUAAAAAUCUCACUUAGCCUCAAAAUGCUACCGUUUUUGAGACGGAAGUAAAAGUAGUAGCAACAGUUUUGCUUGUUUUUGUUACAUUGACAAUACUUUCAGUUAUAUUCUCCUACCCAACCUAUCUAGUUGUAUUCAGUGUUAGUUUAAAAGUUUGAAUAUCAAGUUGAAGUUUAAUUGUUGUAAUUUAUUUGCUUUACUAAGUUUAUACUUGGUUAUCUGAUACUAUUGCUUUAAGUUUAACUUUUAAAUUAUGUUAAUAAUUUUUAGUUACUAGUUAUUCUUAAUUAGGGCAAACAAUCUCUUGAUGUGGUUUAUGAAUAUUUAAUAGAAUACCAUUCUGAUUAAUUCUCAUAGCUGUUUGAAUUUUAUAUUCAGUUUUAUAACACUAGUCCAUUCAUAGAAUCAUAAAAAAGUAGGACUGGAAGGGACCUGAAGAAGUCAUCAAGUACAGCCUCCUGCACUGAGACAGUAAAUCAUACCUGAUAAGAAUUUGCACAACCUGUUCUUAAAAACCUCUAGCAAUGAGGAUUCUACCACUUCCCUUGGAAGCCUAUUUCAGAGCUCAACUACCUUUAUAUUUAGAAAGUUUUCCCUAAUAUCUAACCUAAAUCUCCCUUGCUUCAGAUUAAGCACAUUAGUUCCUGGUUUUCCUGAGCUAGUUAGAUGAGAAGCAAUUAAUUCAUAAUUCCAUCUAAUUAAUUGUGCCAUUAUCCUCAUAUACAAUAUGAGUUUGAAAAAGGAAAGGUAGCUGAAAGCUCAGGGCACUGGUCACUCUGUGAGCCACAUGACUUUCUCUAUUGCUUUUUCUCUUUCUGUAUCUUCUGCUACAAUAAACAUAGAUUCAUAGAUACCAAGGUCAGAAGGGACCAUUAUGAUCAUCUAGUCCGACCUCCUGCACAAUGCAGGCCACAGAA